AGGGGACCCGCAUGGCUCCGUCUUCAGUUUUCCUCUACCUGUUGGGACUUCUUCUCGUUGGCUUUAGUGUUGUCUGCAGAGCAGAAGUGCAGUUUGCGACAGCCAUAGACAUCAGCGACCUGGGUGAGCGCGUCGUUCGUAAGGACCUGUUGCCCGCCUGCCAAGCCUGCAAGACUGUAGUCAAAACAUUCCAGAAUGGCAUUAAGCGAACAAAAAGGAGUCGCUUCGAUGGAGGAGACGUCGACUGGGAGUCCAGGAAUAUGGGGAAGUACUCGAAAAGUGAGAUUAGGUUCAUCGAAAUUCAGGAGCACCUCUGCCUGGAGAUAGUCAAGGGCCAGGAGCAUUGCAGAAACAUGGCCGCACAGUACGAGGAACACUUGGAAGAGUGGUGGUUCGAGCAUCAGGACGAGGAGCCCGAUCUGCACAAGUACCUGUGCAUCGACCAGGCUAAAGCUUGCUGCCCGGAAAACUACUAUGGCCCCAACUGCGAUCCUUGCACAGGAGGAGCUGAGAACCCAUGUAAUGGGCAUGGCAGGUGCAAAGGCUCUGGAACUCGUAAGGGCAACGGCAAGUGCGAAUGCCACCAGGGUUACACAGGUGAGCUGUGCGACUCUUGCACCGAGGGCUACUAUGAAGACAAGCCGGGUGCCAAUGGCACCAGGACCUGCACCAAGUGCGACCCAUCGUGCAAGGGCCCCUGCACUGAGGCUGGCCCCAAGGCGUGCAAAGAGUGCUCCGCUGGUUACACCAUGAACGAAGAGCUGGGAUGCGUCGACAUCGAUGAGUGCAUUGAGUCUGAAGAGAACCUCUGCGAGAAGGAGAGAAACACAUUCUGUGCCAACACGCCGGGCUCCUACAAAUGCAUGAUGUGCGACUUUGCCUGCGAAGGCUGCACCGGGGAUGGACCCGACCACUGCAUCAAAUGUGCCAAGAGCUACGUCUUGAAGGACAAAACCUGUAUCGAUGCAACUGAUGCAGACAAUGGCGAGAAGUGGCGAGAGCUGCACAUCUUGCUGGCACGCUAUGCCACUUACCUCGGCCUCUGCAUAGCAACGUUGAUCAUAUUCAAGAGGAGCACAUCUGUUGCCAGUGCCAUCGGGCUGUGCGUUGGCGUGUACAUCGGCUUUUCCGAGUACACGCUGUCCAACUGGAAAGACCACAGCGUCACAUCUACCAUCAGAAAUGUCGUGUCAUGGUGAUGGUGGGCUUCGUGGGCUUUUGGUUGUUUUUUUUCCGGCUCUUGCCAUUACUUUCGACAUUUCAAAUCGACACUGUUUGAUUCCCUGUGAACAUCCUUCUUCAUAUUCAAGGGUUGUGAGGUGUUGUAGUCGCAUCAGGGCUGAAAAAACAAAAAACGCACAUGUGUUCGUUGGUUGUUUUUAAAAGGGCAUUUCAGCAUACUGCUCCCUACUUGCCAUGAAGGCAGUCACAUUGCCAGCCUACCAGCAUUGCACAAUCUAGCAAAUUGCUGCCACAUGUGCAUUUGAUCUGGAAAGUUUAUGUGCAGUGGCAUAUGAAAAAAAACAAAGAGAAUCGGAGCCAGGUGUGACCAUAGCUCUUCGAACCAUACAGCCCCACAAUGUAUGUAUAGCUUUGUACAAUCUUGAAAUCAAAAUACACUCAAACCUCAUUAAAACAAGGUCACAUGUGCCAAAAAUACUUCGUUAUAUCUGAAAAUUCAUUAUAAACAUAUAUUUGUAGCACUAUACCUAUGACAAAGCCAUUCUUCACUUCGUUAUUACCGAUAAUUCGUUAGAUCUGGUUUUGUUAUGUGGAGAUUUGAGUGUACAAGGCUGUGGAGGUUUCAAAAAUACUAGGGUUAUCAAGGGAUCUAUUAGACGACAAAAAUUUGAGGAAUUACAGGUAAGCUCUGCUAAUGGAUGGUACUUGAAAGGUGACUUAGGUGCUAGAAACCUUUUAAUUUCUUGUUUGUUGAGAGUGAUGUCCUGUCUGUAUGUUUGUUUUUAAGCUCCUGCAGUUCGAGAAAUAUCUUGAGUGCAGUGGUACUUGCCAGCUUAGUUGACUUUUCCACCAGGCUGCUCUUUACUUUUAGUGCAAUUUGUUGCCUCAGCAGUCGUCUAGAGGACGUGUGAAUACAGUUGUCACACUUUAUGGUCUGUCUCAUUUCCUGUGAUCGCCAUGUAUUUUUUUAUAAUGUACUGUGCAAGUCAGUCUUAUGGCUCUAAAUUGCACAUCAAAGUGUCUGAUUUGUAGUUGUCAACAGCUUAUGUACAAAGACUACGGGUGUUGUGCUAGUGAGAAUGCAUGUAUUAACAUUCCUUGUUUAUCAGUACAGUCGAACCCCUUUAUAAGAGACCCUGAUGUAACAAACAAAUAGGUAUAGCAGACACCAUGGUGCCAACUUUAAAAUAGGGGCUGAUUAGGAAACAUAUAUGUGGUGACCUGGUGAUAAGAAACAAGAAUUGCUGCCUGGUACAUGCCUCUUAUAAAAGGGUUCAACUGUAAUACAUCGUGAGUACUUGAUAGACUUAGUUUUUAUUCUUUUUCUCUUUCAUGCCUUUAUUACCUUUCCCAAAUAUGGAAUAGCAAACUGGACAUAUUCCAGUAAACCUUGCCCCUUUUCCUAUUUUCCUUCUCUAUAUCUCUCUCCUCAUUUUUUAUAUAAGUAUACUGGUGUUUCAGUUUGUGUGCUUGAUGGGUUAUUACUGGAAAAUUAUCAUUUACAUUGACCUGGGAAAUCUCAGUUGGCAUACUACUUAUAUUCCCGAAUUACCACGAAACUGUAAACUUGCAAACCACCUGCACAAGUCUAGGUUUCCGUUUUGCGGAGAGUGAGAGCUUUCGGGGUUUGUCAUCUAUUUUUAGCGGUAUAUUCUUCAACGAAAACAUUGAAAGAUUUCAUGCUAGAGAUGCUUUCACGUCAACUGUAGAAGCGCCAUUGGCACACUAGUGCACAGUUGCUACACACUCCCACAUUCAAUUUCUCCUCAGCCAGUGAAGAGUUAGUAGAAGAAAUAUUUGGGUGAGAUAGUCUGGAUUCAUCGUAAUAAGAGCGCAAACAACAUAAUGACCAAGUGAGACCGAGAGGUACAGCCCUCAUCUCAUUUGCUCCUCUUUUGUCCUUCUGCUACUUGUGCUGUUUUUAGCAUGUAGCAGACAUCUGUCUACUGUGACAGAGAAAGUUCACGAACAGUUGUCUAGAAGUUCACAUUUAACUAGAUAGAACUGCUCUUUGCACCAGAAAAAUUUCGACUUGCAACGGUUGUCGUUCUUGAAGGGACACCAGAGAGGCUAAAAACGAUUUCACCUGUAUUCAGAAAUUGGCCGUGUCACAAUAUGAACAGCACUGUUGAGUUGCGAGAAGAUAUCUUCUAAAGAAAGUGUGCGAAAAGAUAAUAGUCGGCGACGUUGCUCUUGAGGUUCCCACUCAGAUUCCCUGCGACGUCGUAGCUUUCGGCAGCGUCUACUACCUAAAUGAUCUUUCAAUGCAUUCUGGGGAAUUUCGAGACAUGAUAAGGAAUGUUUUUAUGAAAUUUGAUUGCACUAAUGUGGCAAAGCUAUUAUAAAGGGGUUUGGACAUCUGCUUCACAGGCAUACACUCGACGCUAACAUUUUUACGGGAAAAUUAGAAGCCACACUGACCUUCAAUUUUUCUGAUGAUAAUUUACCUAUAAUUAUAAAAUUGAGAAUGCCGUGAGAAUAAUUGAUCAUUCUAAACUGAUUUUUUUUCACUUUGGUGCCCUCUCGAGUGAUGAAGGACUUCCUUUCUAGUCUACUUUUGGAAUGCUUGUUUGAAGAAAUGUGCAUGUUUUUCAUGAAAUGCUACAUCUUGAAUAUAACACAAUAUGCCGUUAGAAAAAUUCAUGCCUUGUAGAUAUGUAGGAACUGAAGGUCUUUAUAAAAUAAACACCCACAUUUCAUCAGAGAG